AUGAAGAAGGUCAUAUUCACACAACUCAUUGAUAGAAUCGCAACAGCAAAUGAGGACGCGCAACAGACACUGAUAUUGGCGCAUCGCCGUGAGCUGGUGGAACAAGCAGCCAACCACUGUCAACGUGCGUAUCCUGACAAGAGGAUCGAGAUCGAGAUGGGCAAUGUCCAUGCAACGGGAACGGCAGAUAUCACAGUCGCCAGCGUACGAAGCAUAACGUCACAAGGCCGUCUUAAGAAAUUCGACCCGUCCCGCUUCAAACUUUUGCUGGUCGACGAAGCCCAUCACAUCGUCGCUCCAGGGUACCUCAAGACCCUUCGUCACUUUGGAUUAGAUGAGAAGCGACCUGACUCCCCAAAUCUAGUUGGUGUCUCCGCCACGUUUUCACGUUUCGAUGGAGUGAAACUGGGCGCAGCCAUUGACGAAAUUGUUUAUCACAAAGAUUAUGUAGAUAUGAUCUCUAAGAAGUGGCUGUCGGACGUCAUUUUCACGACGGUUGAGUCCAAGGCAAACUUAUCCGAAGUCAAGAAGGGGGCUUUCGGCGAUUACCUCCCUUCAGAUUUAUCCAAGGCUGUCAACACCAGUGAGAUCAACGAUAUAACAGUCCGCAGCUGGAUGGCGAAAGCUCCAGGAAGAAAGUCAACACUUGUGUUUUGUGUUGACGUCGCCCAUGUGGUGGAGCUGACAGAUCGGUUCCGACAGCAUGGCUUUGACGCGAGAUACGUUACUGGAGAGACCCCCAAGAUUGAAAGAGGCGAGACGUUGAACUCUUUUCGAAAAGGAGAGUUUCCAGUGCUGGUUAACUGCGGCGUUUUCACUGAAGGAACUGAUAUCCCAAAUAUCGACUGCAUUAUCCUCGCGAGGCCGACGAGGUCUCGCAACUUACUUGUUCAGAUGAUCGGUAGAGGAAUGCGGUUGCACCCGGGAAAGAAGAACUGCCAUAUCAUUGAUCUGGUCUCGAGCUUGGACACUGGAAUCGUGACUACACCAACGCUAUUCGGUCUUGACCCUGAUAUCCUGGUUGAGAGGGCAACAGUGAAUGACCUACGCAAGAUCAAAGACACUGAGCAUGUCACGACUCAAAAACCUUUGUCAUACCAGACAACUCCCGGGCCUGGAGCCGAUAGUGUCACAUUCACAGACUAUGACUCGGUUUUAGAUCUUAUCGCCGAUACGUCUGGCGAGAAACAUAUCCGGGCCAUAAGCAAGUAUGCAUGGGUUCAGGUCGGAGAAGAAAAGUUUGUCUUAUCGUCACCGAGCGGUUCAUAUGUUCGAAUCGAGCGGGCCAGUAAACAGCUUAACACAAAGGGGCCGCUUUACCGAGCCAUAGAGGUACGAGCUCUACCGCCUGGCGUAGCCAAAGCACCAUACGCAAUGCCACGGGAGAUUCUCACGGCAGCCACAUUCACUGAUGCCGUGCAUGGAGCGGACAGUUUCGCGGCCAAGAUGUUCCCCCACACAUUUAUUCACCGCUAUCAGAAAUGGCGGACACUGCCACCUACACAGGGACAAGUUGAUUUCAUCAAUAAGAUGCGGGGAAAGGCGGAACCAUUGAAGCUUGAAAACCUGGACAAGGGCAAGGCGGCGGACAUGAUCACAAAGCUCAAGCAUGGCGCGCGUGGCCAGUUCGCGAGAAUUGAGGCAGGACAGAGAAGGCAAGAUAAACAGGCCCGGGUGGCCGAGGCUAAGAGACUUCGGGAGCAGGUCAAAGUAGGACCUGUGUCAUCAUAG